AUGACUGCUUCAUCCAUGGCGCACAACGUGGCGAAACAUCCCAGUGCCAAGGAGGAGAGAAAGCUGAGGAAGCCGCUCAUUGAGAGGAAACGGCGAGAGAGGAUAAACAAUUGUUUGGAUCAGCUGAAAGAGACUGUGAUCGGAGCGUUCAGACUCGAUCAAUCCAAGCUGGAAAAGGCCGACAUUCUAGAGAUGACAGUGAAGCAUCUGCAAAACAUCCAGAGUAAUAAACUCAACGACCCCACACUAGGCCUGGAGGCCCAGCAGAAAUACAGCACAGGGUACAUCCAGUGCAUGCACGAGGUCCACAACAUGCUCCUCACCUGCGACUGGAUGGACAAAACUCUGGGCUCCCGCCUGCUCAACCACCUCCUCAAGUCCCUGCCAAGGUCCACCGAUGAGCACCCCCUCCAGCCCACACCCAGGCAAGACGGCCCUCCUCCAGCUGGCCAAGACACGGGGCUCCCCGGCACACCCCUAAGAGGAGACCCCCUGGCCGGCAGGCAGCUCCAGAGAGAAGGGUCCACCUGCCACGUGGCUGGGCACAGAGAGAGACCGGCACUCCACAGCUCCCACCUGGGGAUGCUGGAGAUGUGGAGGCCCUGGUGA